AUGCCCAUGUGUGCUGUAACAAGAGCAGAAGGGGCUCCACCGUUUCUGUCCGGCGGGCCAGGGUGGGAGGAAGAGCGGGCACGGCAGCUCCUGACCAUAGUGACAGGGGUCCUAGCAAUGCUCCAGGGGACUUUAAGUAGGGAAGAUUUCUUUCUCCCUCUGAUGGACUCAGGAGUUGCACCACAGAGAAAACAGGUACUGGACAGGACAGUGAACCUGGGGACCUAUUUCUAUACCAAGUACCACCCCAUGGCAGAGAUCUAUGAAUGGAUGAUCCAGGUCAGUGAGAAGCAUGCAAAAGUGGUGACAAAGCAUUUCCUAGGAGUGACUUAUGAGUCCUGGCCCAUGUGUUAUCUGACGAUCAGCCAAUCAUCUAGUAACCUCAGGAAGAUCAUUUGGAUGGACUGUGGAACCCAUGCCAGGGACUGGAUUGCCCCUGCUUUUUGCCAAAGGUUUGUGAUAGAAAAUCCCCAAAGCUACCAAAACAACUCAAGGAUAAGCAGGUUUCUUAAGAACCUGGGCUUCUAUGUGCUUCCAGCUCUUAACGUAGAUGGUUACAUCUACAGUUGGACAACAAAUCACCUGUGGAGGAAAUCCUGUUCAUCCCAUAAUAAUGACACAUAUUUUGGAUCAGAUCUCAAUAGGAAUUUCAAUACAUGCUGGUGUAGAUUGGCACAUCCAAAAAACUACCAAAACAUAACAUUUUGUGGGACAGGACCGAAGUCUGAACCAGAGGCUAAAGCAAUCUCUAACUUCACUGAGAGUAAGGAGGACAUAUUGUGCUUCCUGAAACACUCUUACGGUCAGCUCAUUCUUGUACCAUACGGCUACAUCACAAAUAAAUCAAGGAACCAUGAAGAAUUGAUUCAAGUUGGACAGAAGGCAGCAAAUGCAUUGAAAGCAAAACAUGGAACCAAUUAUAGAGUUGGAUCGAGCGCAGAUAUUUUAUAUCCCACAUCUGGAUUGUCAAGAGACUGGGCUCAAGACAUCAGGAUUGCUUUCUCCUACACAUUUGAGCUGAGGGACAGAGGUACCCAUGGGUUUGUUCUGCCUGAAGAUCAGCCAACCUGUGAGGAGCUUUCAAUCCUGGAUGAUGUGCACGCCAAGUACUGGCUCUCUAGUAGUGCUGGGAAAGUGACAUCUACCUCUGUGGUGCUGAACCUGCUGUAG